AUGAGCCGAAGUCCAUGUCUGCUGCAGUGCUUAGCCGCUGCAGCCUUGCUCACUGCCGGCUUUCUUCUCUGUGGCUCCGACUGCAAUGCCCGCAAUCUCCCGUUCGCGGGAAAAUUUGGGACCAAUCCUGGACGUUUCCGAGUCAGGCGUGCUGACGCACGGGCCCGCUCCAAGGACGUGCCACUUCUUGAUGAGGAGAGCAACGACUUGUUCCUCAUGCUCAGGGGCAUAACAACAGUGAGCUUCUGCACUGGUACUCCUCCCAUCGACUGGCUUCGACUGAGAGUUGUGGCGGUGGUGGCUGCGAACCCUUGGUUGGCAGGAAGCCUCGCGCGGACAUCAGCAGAGGAUCGCGUGCUUCUUCACUACGCAGAGGAUGCCGGCGAAGAAGCCGCAAGCCGAUCGUUCCAAAGCAUCGGGCCUGACAUGCUUGACAUACAGCCCGACAUGCCCUACGACGUCCUUUCACAGAAGCUGAGUGGUUCCUGCGCCGAAGUAAGGUCCGGAGCAGAAUGCCUGCGAGACUCAAGUGAGCCCUUGCUGAAAGUGACUGUGUGCAACGGUUCGCGUGAUCAGUUUGCACUCAUCGUCUCACUGUCGCACACCAUAGCCGACGGGUAUACCUACUACAGGAUCUUCAGCAUGCUGACGCGCAAGCUCACGCCAGUCUCCCUGAGACCCGAGCGGAAGCUGGACUUCCAUGAGCAACGCUUUCGUGCCAUCGGCCGGCCUGAGUACGACUUCAUCUUCUCGCCAGCGUAUGUCUUGAACUCCCUUACCAGCAAGAUUCUGCGUGGAAGACCAACCUGCCGCAGCUAUCUCAUUAACAUGCAGAAAGUGAGGCAGCUGCAGGCCAUGCUCACCGCGGACAGGCAAGUGCCUCUCUCGACGAACGAUGUUGUAACUGCAUACAUUGCAAGAAUAUUUGGGGCCCGUGCCUGUUCCAUGGCCGUGAACUUCCGCGGACGCCUUGCAAGCUUGAGGGAGGACGAUGCCGGCAACUACCAGGGCCUCCUGUGGUUCGGCCCCGAUGACAUUUCAAGUCCGGCUCUGGUUCGGGCAGCGUUGGAGCAAGGAAGAUGUCAGGGGGUUUAUCGACGGUGCGGCAGCGAUCCAGUUGGCCAACUCCCAGGCUUUUGGGAAACGCUCUGCUCACGCAUGGGGGUCAUCACCAGCUGGGUUUUCCAAGAUGAGCCCAUGUUGGAGGGGUGCAGGUUGGGGCUACACUUGCCUCACUUCGACUUAGAUGAUGUCAAUUCAGACAUGGCUGUAAUCUUCAGACCGCGUGAAGGACAACAGGCAGUCAUGCUGUUCACAAAGGAGCUCGACAUCGAUGCAGUGACAGCAGCACCAGACAGUAUUCUUGGAGAGCCUGCCUUGCUGAUGCUGGAGCAGGGCAUAAGCUUCGAAGAAGCGUGGACCUUCUGCGAGAAGAAACGGCCCAUCGUGUAUCCCAAUGUCGGAUUUCAACAACAACUUCGGCAUCUCGAAAAGAUCAUGGCAGAAGUCGUUGAUUUCAAGGCGCCCUGGCAGAAGCAGGUGAAGCAACUGCGGGAGGCUUUGCCAAAAGGCGACUUGGAAGGACCGAAGUCCCCCCUCCCAAUUCGGGAUGCCAUAGGCUCUUGCAUGGGGGCUGCAUUAAAUGAGCUGGAGGCCCUGGUAGAGAAGGUUCUUUCUCAACCACAGUUGCUGCAAAAGAGGGAGCUUUGGAAGAGACAAGGGCUGUUCUUUGAGAACCUGCAUAAGUACAAGGCCAUCCCGGGGGACCUCGCGUUGCUUGGCCGUGCCAAAGUGGCGGCUGACCAGUUGAGGUCUCUGCAAAGAGUCUACAGCGACUCCCUGAAAGGUGUCAAGCUAGCCAACGCCGUUGCCCAAGAAUUGGAGGACUGGUCCAAAGUGGCAGCACCAGAGCUCGAAAAAGCUGAAGGUGAAGGUCGGCCUGAAGCAAAGGCCGAAGAGAAGCCCAAGGAAUUGAGCAAGAAAGAGAAGAAACGGCUUAAGAAGGAAAAGAAACGCGAAAAAAAGGCAAAGAAGGCUGAAAAGAAAGCGGCAAAGACCUUGGCCAAGAUCGAGCAGGCAGCCAAGGAGGCUGAGCACAUCGCGAAGCUUGCUGGUGAAGAGGAAGAAGAGGCGGCCAGACGAAUAGCUGAGGUGGAGGAGGAGCUGGCAGCAGCUGAGGCAGCAGCUGCUGCCGCCGAAGAGUCCUCAGAAGAAGACCCCGAAAUGGUGGCAAAAGCAGAACGGCUGCGGGAGCAACUGAGCGAAGCCUACGAGUAUUCCGCGAACGUUGCCUUGAAAGCAGCUGAGAAAGCAGAGGCCACGGUCAAGGUGGUGAAGAAGCGACCGAGGUCCUCCUCCUCCUCCGAAGACAGCUCCGAUGGCUGA